GGCUGCGCGCGCGAUUGUGCCACUGAUGCCCACUUUGCAGCGCGUCUUUGGAAAGUCAGCCUGGGUGUACGCGUGUGUAUGUGUGUAUACGAGUAUCCCUCGCUCUCUCCGUCCUCCUGUCGCGCUUUGGUAAACUAACAGGGAGGUGUUAACUACUUUAGUUUUUUUUUUUCUAAAAGCGCCUCCCGUUAUCUCCGGUGCUGCUGCGCGAGAGCCAGAAGUUCCCGGUGCUUACUCUUACUCCUACUCCGCAGAAAAAGUUUUCAGUUUGUUGUGAGGAUAAACAAAAAGAGAAAAGAAAAAAAGAGAAGCCGGAAACCGAGCAGCCGUCUGCAUGAGAAGCGGAUUCUGCCACGACAAGACCACCUGAAGAUGAGGAACCAGCUUUGAUGACCUGCAUAUGUCCACCCUUCCUGGACCAUUCGGCUUCGGCAACACUUCCAACAGUCACAGACAUGGACCUCCACCGGGCAGCAUUCAAGAUGGAGAGCUCUUCCUAUCUGCCUAAUCCUCUGGCUUCCCCAGCCCUCAUGGUCCUGGCCUCAACUGCUGAAGCUUCCCGUGAUGCUUCAAUUCCAUGCCAGCAGCCACGUCCAUUUGGUGUCCCAGUUUCUGUUGAGAAAGACGUCCAUUUGCCAUUUAAUAAUGGUUCUUACACUUUUGCAUCAAUGUACCACCGUCAGGGUGCAGUCCCACCAGGAUUCCCCAACAGGGACUUUCCUCCGUCCCUCCUUCACCUCCAUCAUCAGUUUGCCCCUCCUAACCUGGACUGCUCGCCCAUCAGCAUGCUGAAUCACAGCGGUGUCGGUGCCUUCAGGCCUUUUGCCUCACCUCCAGAAGACCGGGACGGUGCACCAGGCGGGUAUCAGUCUGCCUUCACCCCAGCCAAGCGUCUCAAAGGCUGCCUGGAUGCAGAGGCUUCACCCCACCUGCGGUACUCUGAUGCUGAGGGGAAAGAGUAUGACUUUGGUGGUGCUCAAAUUCCUCCAGGAGGCUCACCCAGCAGUGCUUUGAAGGCAGUUGAAGACAGCGGUAAAAAAAUCUUCGCUGUGUCAGGCCUCCUGUCUGAUCGAGAGACUUCCUCCAGCCCUGAAGACCGCAUUGAGCGCUGUAAAAAGAAGAUGUCCCUGUAUGACAGCCAGGCCCCAGUCUGUCCCAUUUGCCAGGUGCUGCUCAGGCCCGGAGAGCUUCAGGAACACAUGGAAACAGAAAUAGAGCGGCUAGCUGCCAUAUGCCUCAGUAAGAACCCCUUGCCCAAGGAUGGAACCGCCACUCCAGGAACCCCCAAGUCGAUGCUGUUGUCAGUGCACAUCAAGCGUGAGGGAGAGUCUCCGGUGGUCUCACCCCUGUCAUCUGAAGAUGCCCACCACUCCGACAGAUACCAGACAUUUUUACGAGUUCGAGCAAACAGGCAAACGAGAUUGAAUGCCCGUAUAGGCAAGAUGAAGAGGAGGAAGCCUGAGGAGGGGGGCCAGGUAUGUCCGCUGUGCAGCGCCCCAUUGGCUGGGAGUGAGGAGGAGAUGAGUAGGCAUGUGGAACAAUGCCUGAUCCAGCGCGAGGGUGCUUUAGCUGACGACGACUCUGCAGACAUGGAUGGAGAGAAUGGGCGGGGCUUCGAGGAGUAUGAGUGGGCGGGGCAGAAGAGGAUCAGAGCUACUGCUUUGCUGGAAGGAGGUUUCAGAGGAACAGGUUUCGCCACAUGUAGUAUCAAAGAAAGUGCAGCAGACAGUGACGCUGACCUCGACGUGGACGGGGACGACACUUUGGAGUAUGGCAAAGCCCAGUACACCGAGGCCGAUAUCAUCCCCUGCUCUGGUGCUGGUGAGGACCAAGGAGAAGCCAGGGAGAGAGAGGCGCUCCGGGGAGCUGUGCUCAACGGCGGGAUGCCCUCUAAUAGAAUAACACCUGAAUUCUCAAAAUGGGCCAACGAUGAGAUGCCCUCCACAAGCAACGGAGAGAGCAGCAAAACGGACCCCAGCACUCCUUCAUCUUCCUCAUCUUCCUCCUGCGCCCCACGCACAUGUAAAAACAGCGAGAUCGAAAAUAGGGUGACGGAGGAGGAAUCCACGGCCACCACCAUGGAGGCUCUAAAGGCCCGAAUCAGAGAGCUGGAGAAGCAAAUACUGCGAGGAGACCGAUACAAGUGUCUCAUCUGCAUGAGAAAGCCUGCUAUCCAUUCAGGCGCAGACAUCAAGAGCAUAGGGGUGUGGCCAGGGUCCCAGCCACUGGCCAAUGAGGUCGGAGAGAGGCGACCUAAGUCCCUCCCCUUAGGCCUGUACUGCCUGUACAGGGGCCUUGUGAUUGGUGGUUACAGCAGCGGCAUAAAGAGGCUCCUUCCACAGCCCCUACGGAGGGACUCCUACACAAUGCCGCUCACCUCCAUCCAGUGCUGGCAUGUUCACUGUGAAGAGUGCUGGCUCAGGACUCUGGGGAACAAGAAGCUGUGCCCGCAGUGCAACACCAUCACCUCGCCCGGAGACCUGAGGCGUGUCUAUUUGUAAAGAGCACAACCUUCACCUCUUCGUCCUUCCAGUCCGUUCCUCCAUCUUGGAUUUCACCCUCUCCCCGCUGAUUGUCAUUUGUUUUUUUGUUGUUGUUGUUUUUUCCUCCUCUUGUGGACUGGGUCAGUAGUUCCGAACCCUGCGAGAGCAUUCAGAGACAAGAUGGCUGUCUUUAAGGCGCCACUGACUCUUAGGAUGAAACUGGCUUGAACAAAUGACUGAGCAGCACUCGAUGACUCAGGCUGACUUCAUUGUCAUUCACAAAAAACAAAAAAAAAAAAAGAAAAGAUGUGGAAAUCUGCAAUCCCAGAUGGUUAAAAUGUUUGUUUUCUCUGAAGGACUUUAAGUCAGUGGAGACCUUCAAAGCCCUGAUGAGCCCUUCUGAUACCAGGCAGCUCUUUGCUGUUGGACGUGGACCCUGAAAGGAACUUGUUGUUUUUUUUUUCCCCCAUUCUUCAAUAGUGCUAGACAGCAGGCACAAACUUGACAAAAUUUUUUAUUCUUUGUUGCAAAAACUACUAAAGAAAAGAAAAAAAAAACCGGGGCCUGUCCACUAAAAUCCAGCUUUCAGCCAAACUGAGAAUAACCUCAACCUUCGAAAAGGAGUUUAACUUUUCCUCUCCCAAGCCCCGUUCUCCGCCUUCUCCUUCCUUUUUUUGUGGCGUUCUAGUGACGUAAACCAAAUUUUCUCCCCCUCUCCACGAUGCAGUGCAAGCACAUGUAAUAUAGUUCUAUGUAUGUUUACAAUGUUGGGUGUAAAUGACAGAGUUCUUACACAUGUACACACAAACACACGUUAUCAUGAGAGGACACACACGGAAAUAUAUAAUACGAAAGUCCUUUUUUUAAGUCGGAAGGGUUUGGGAAUAAUGUUUCGGGGGGAAAAAAAAUGGCUGGAAUAAAAAGCCUUCUGUAUUUUUGAAGAAAAAAAAAGGUCAUUUGAAGAUUUGUUGAAGUUUUAUUUGACUGUACAGGAAUAAUAAUAAUAAUAAAAAGUAAUAAACUACUCAAGAUUAGAUGGUCAUGGUUUAGGUGGUGUAAUUUUUCUGCAGAGUGCCCUGAAAAAUUGUAGAUCUGAACAUGAAGCAAGGACAUAUGUUGUGUUAGUUUUCUGGAAGGGGGAGUUUCCUGUUGCCCAAGAUUCCCUGCAACCAAGCAGAACAGUGGCUGAAAAUGUGUCAGGCUGAGACUCUUCUUUUAACCCCCUAUUUCUUCCUGUCAGCAGGAGCGACAACAUGCUCAGAUCAUAGUCUAGACACUUUUUUUUUUUUUUUUUUUUUUUUACCCUUUCAUGUUUCAAAAGAAAGUUUUUCUAUUAUUCUCAUACUGCUAUGCUGCAAAAAAAGAAAAAAAAAGUUCAAAGGGCAGGUUCAUUUAAAGCUAUAUGAGUGAAGACUCUGGAAAAAGGAUGCCCAAGGCUGAACUGGCAAUCUCCAGAACCCACAGCAUUUUCCCUUUCCCCUUACAGCAUCAGCAGCCAAGGUGGUGAUGUGCUUUGUGUUUGUAAAACUAUGUAAUCUGUGACGUCUGUAUUGUUGUAAGAAAUACUGAAAAAAAAUAAAACUUCUCAAAUA